AUGUUACAGGGAGGAUUUCUACAUGUUACUGCUUUCGUUUGUCCCCCAGGUGUGUUUAACUCCCUUAUUCCAGACCCUAACAACUGUAAAAGAUAUUUCCACUGCCUUUCGGGUGGAAGGUAUUAUUCAAAGUCCUGUCCUCCUGAACUCCGGUUUGAUCCUCGCCAUAAGAUAUGUAACUGGCCUGCCUUGGUUCCUUGCCAAAAUUCCAAAGUCGACAGUGAAUAUCUACAAUUUGAAGACAAUAGAAAUGUUUUAGACCCAUUUGAUAUAAGACCUUAUAAAUCCAACAGCUUUCAAGAUGAAAAUGAAGAACUGUUACCAUUUAGUAGUAAUGAUGUUCUUCAACGCACGAACGGCGGCGUUUCCAAAGAUGAUAAUCAGUUGGGAGCUGAAUUUUCCGGAGAUGUUGACACAGAUACAUUUUCUUCGUUGAAAGGAAAUCAACAGGAUGAAGGAGUGGUGCAGAAAUCUACGGUAAAAUGUGAAUCGGCUUUCGGUUUUAUGAGUGAUCCGUACAACUGCGAUAUUUUUUAUCAUUGCUACAUGUGGGUUCCUUUUCCGAAAAUUUGUCCAAAAGGCCUUUUCUUUGAUCAUUUUACAUUCGUUUGUAACUGGCCCCGAAUGGUUAAUUGUGUACAAGGCAAACGAGAAAUGACAUUUGAUCAAAUCAAAGUUAAAAGGAAGUCAAAAUACAGACAAAAACAAUCAAAGGUUCAGAAUUUGCCAAUGGAAGUUAAAAACAACGAAAUUACUUAUUGGAAUAAUGAGAACAAUCUUGCUGACGAUAAACUGAAAACUAAAUUAUCAGAAUCCAAUUCUUUUAAAGAAAGGAAAUAUCCAAAAAUGGUUAAGAAAACAAAAAUUAUAAAUAACCCUUACACACAAUUUAAAGCUCCAAAAAUUUCAAACCAUAAUAUUCGUCCGACCACUCGAACAAAGCCCCGUGAAAACAUUAAAACGUUUACUCCAACCAGUUGGAAUGUCGUGAGAUCCACUAAGGAAAUUGCCGACCAAAACUCCGACACGACAAAAUUGGCCGAAAUAGAAAUCCAUGGUCAAGAAUCCGAACGUUUACAGAAAGAAAUGACAAAAUCUUCUACGAAUUUACAUGGGGUCAAUGAUAUUAUCUUUUUAGAUAUGAAGGAUGUGAUAAAUGAUGAAGAAGAAGUAAGAAACUCCUCACCCAAUCAAUCAACAGAAUCUUUAUAUGAAAAGCAUCUCAAUAAACGGGAACGAUCUUCAGGCAACGAUUCUGGCAAUGAGACGACUAUUCAGAAUGUAAAAGUAACCAAACAAAUAUCAGAAAACCAAGACAAACUCUGGCAAUUCGGUGACACUGAAAAAACGACAACUGGUAAUAAUUAUAUUACGGUUUUACCUGGGAACAAAAAAAAUUCAAAGAUGUAUUUUAGUUCGAAGACUACCAUUGAUUAUGGCAUCAAGAAUGUUGAAGACGAUAAGGAAAAUGUGUUGCCAUCAGGUAACUUAUACAGUACUUCAGACGAACUCUUACAAAAGACUGGGGAAUCGAUAUUACUUGAUAGAAUCGAUAAAACAUAUCCACCAAACCUGCCAAACCAGACAGAGUUACUAUCGUCGUUGAUAGCAAAGGAUAUUAUUCGCUGGGAACAGAGAACCAAAACUAAAAGUAAUGCAGUGAAAUCAAAUAACGGAAAUGACUCCGAAUCUUCAGCUGGAGCUCAAGCAAACACAGACCAUCGUAUUGUAUCUGAUGACCACAGAUUUAUCUCAGGAAACACAACAGAUGCUCGAGUUAGUAGUGAACUUUUUCCUUUGAUAUCAAACCAAACUCAAAAGGAAAUAGAAGACGUACAGACUUUAAUAAGUUGCAACGAUACUGAUCUGAACUGUAAAAUAUACAAUGAAUCUAAUGCGUUACUGGUUAAUUCAAGCCUUUCUGAAAAUACAUACUUACCUAAUAUAAAUAACACAAUAGACAAUAAUGGAAUAAUUGGAGGAUUAAAAUCUCAUUCUUCUUAUGGAAAUUCAGAAACUACAACACACUUAAGUGGUAUUGUCAAAGAUCAUAGCAAUAAAAUUAUAAAUUCUUUGAAAGAUUCUAAACAAACUUCGAUUGUGACAGAGAAUUCCUCUGAAAUAGUAUUAAAUCCUAAUCUUAGCAAUCAUUUACAGUUUGAUAAAUCGUUAAAAAUGUCUUCGAACUCCAAUGGAGCAAUAACUAAGGAAAUCUUUUCGAAAUAUUAUACGCACCUCGAAGAUAAUUUAACAACAAACACUCCUGUUUUCAAGAGUAAUGACUCCGAAAAUAUUUUAAAGAAAAAUCCCACUCAUUACAUCAGCAGAAAUUCUUUGAAACAUGAUAUAGAGGAUAGCCACUCCGAAUCUAAUAGUUUGGUCAAAUCCUUACUAGAACAAAGGAAUAGAUUAGAUCAGUCUCUGAAUCAACAAAGAAAGAGUAGUUCUCUGAAUUAUAAUGAUGGAAAUAAACUUUACUCGUAUAAAAAUGAUUUUCACCCAACAACAUCUAAAAUAGGGUUUAGGGAAAGCGCGAAAAAUACUGUCAGAAAUGAGUUACCGAUGCUGCUUUUACCGAGAGAAAAUAAUUCAAAGGAAAGGAAAUACAAACAGUUAUUUCCAGAGUCUGGAGGACUGAACUACCAGAAUGUUGGUUCAGGGGACACACAAAGGGAAAAUUAUUAUCGUGAUAACAAAUCUUUUGAAAAAAAUUUAGUAAAUUCAAACCCGGUGAGAAACUUACAAACAAAUGCAAAAUCCGUCCUUUCGACAAACAUACUAAAACAAUUAUUUACUUCGAAUCAAAAUUAUAACCAGCUACCUACUCAAAUAUCACUGAUAUUUCCAGAGAAUGACAAUCCGGUGGAAGAUGAUGACAAUAAUAAUAAUUAUAUCAAUGAUUUUAUGUCAUCUAAUGAUUAUCCCAUGCCUUACAAUAACAGGAACUUGACGAAGGCCGUUUCUAUUAGUAUUCAAGGUGGAAAUCUUUCUACUAAAUCUAUAAGUGAAGCUGAGUUGCAGGACUCAGGUGACUUUGUGUUGCAAAUAAAUGACACGAAGCAAUCCAUAAAUGAUGAUGAACUGGACGAAAAUAACGCGACGGGGAUAAUACACCAUAAUAAUACCUCCGAAAAUAGUUCACAAGAAGUUAGAAAAUAUGACGAACCCAGAGUAGAAGGUCUAAAUGAUACGAGUGAAACAGUAAUACAAAAGAGAAUUGCAGAUGAAGAUAAGCAUUUGGAUGAAAUUGGAGAAAAUCCGCAGAUAUUUGCUGGUGUUACAAGUAAUAUGGUGUCACUACAGAAAUCAGUUGAAAGAAAUAGUACACUCGAAGAAAACUUAAGCCCGGACAAUCUCAAAGAAGAUCGAGGGAACUCUUCGAAUGAAGAAAACCUCUUAGAAGCUACGAGUUUGUCUGAACAGGAGACCAUAACAUCUCUUGAACAACCAACAACAGCUGCUUACGUGUCUGACGGGGAUAACAUAACAAGGGUUAUUGUAGAUAACAGUAACUUUACGCAGACGGACAAUUUAAAUUUUACUGUUGACUCUUUCGACCAAAUCGAUCAUUUCGUUAACACUUCGGAAACUUCAGAGCCAAUACAAACAUCAAUAAGCAAUACGUCAGCAGAAAUAAAUUCAACAAAUGCCAAUCCAAAUAAUAACAUUACAAAUUUAAAUACCAACCAAAGUGAACCAAAUAGCCAUGAUUCAGUGAUAAAAACUGACGAAAGUAUUUCUAUUGUAGGAGGUGAUAUUGACUAUGAGGCUUCAUUGAAAAGUAAAUUAAAAUUAUUACUUAAACUGACAGAAUCAGGCGAAAGAGCAAACCGUGUUAAUGAAACUAGGCUCUUGCCGAGACAGAAUUCUGAAAACAAUAUUACUUCUGUGACUAAUAAUGACAAUUAUUAUUCUGAAGACACGAGCGUUAGUGUGGAAAACUUAAUGAAUAAUUCUAUGAUUUCUAAAAAGGCAAUAAAAAAUACCAAUUUCACAACAGCUGACUUUGUUGACGUAACUCUGAGUCCAGCAAAUAUAAAGUUUGAAGCAGAUAAAGAGCUAAGCGAAAAUGAGCCAAGUUUAAUGAUCUCCAAUAAAAGUGUUUCAGUGCUACAACAGUCAAAUACGUCGCAAUCAAUAAACGCUUACUUGCCACAUAUUGUGUUUGAUCGCUCUAACAUCGGAAAAAUAAAUUCACUCGGCUUUGAAAGUAAAAUCAACAAUUCUCACAACAUAAGUGAAAAUGAUGCUUAUCCGGAACUUAAUUCUUCUUUCAGUGAAGUUAUCAACACAGAUCGAAAUGCUUCGAUAAAUCCAGAAUUCUCUAAAAAUAAAAGUAGAAAAGUUUCGCAUAAUUCAAAAGAAGCAAUUUCGAAUUAUGAUCAGCAACCAAGUAGAUCAGAGAACAUCAUUAAUGAGAGCUCUUCGGUCGAAUUGGUUGCGCCACCGUUGUUAAAGAUGAAAGACAGAAGCGGUAAUCAUAAGGUUGACGAACAAUCUACUCCAAGCAUUAGUUUAAUUUCAAAUGAUAGCAAACCAUUGACCAAUGAUUACGUGACUAAUGACACUACAACAGAGAACUACCUCAGUUUCGAAUCCAAUGAUAGCAAAAGCCUAGAUGAUACUGAAAGCAUUUUAGGAUUCUUGAAUGAAACAGAAUCGAAUAAUAUUACAGAUCUUGAUUCACAAAUCACGCCAAAUGAAAUUAAAUAUUCGAAUAACAAUUUUACUGAAAGCAUCACCAAAAAUGUGACCUCUUUUAUCUCUUCUUCUAAUGUAUUUUCAUCAUUUUCCUCAGAGAUCGAUACAUUCCAGCAAGGACACACGGACGUGUCUGCUUCGGAUUUGAUGAUUUAUCAAAACCAUACAAGAAAUGAAUCAGACGUUUCUCAUACUGAUACAGAAAAUAUAACUGAUUCAUCAUUAAAUUUACAAUCAGCUAAUAGUGUUAAAUUUAAUCAACAGAAACAAACAGAAAUUGAUACAUCUACCGAGGACUAUAAACCUGUAGAUAAAAGCGACAAUUCGAAGAUUGUACAACAGACUAUCGACAAUUCAACAGAUUUAGGAAAUAACACACAUUUCGAUCGUCAACACAAUUCUAGUUUUGAACAAAACAUGAAAAACAGACCCCUCCAUCCGGAAGAAAAUCUACUGAAUAAAACAUUUUUGUCGAUGAACAGAACUUUUCUAAACAUUAAUAAUUCCUUGGAUGAGUUCUUGUAUAAAGGGAAUGAUACCUUUAAUCGAAUAAAUAUCUCGAGAGAGAAUCAAAGUUCGUUAGAGCAUAAAGAGGGCAAUUCGGUUUUUAAAAUUGCGCUUCCAAACGAAGACAAUUCGACAACACCUGACACAGCGAUUGGAAUAUCCCGACAAGAUUCUGAGUUUAAAAAAGGAAUAACAGAAUUUGCCCCCAAUAAUUCUGGGGUUUACAAUGAUUCAAAUUUUAACCAAAGCAUAUCAGCAAAUCUCAGUAAAAAUUGGAAUCUAUGGAACGAAGAAAUAAUAAAUGAUAUUGUCACAAAUGGAACGCUGACGAACGGUGUAGGCAUCAACAGAAAUAAUAGCGAUUUAGAAUUAUCAACUGAAGCGAAAAUUCCGAGCUCCGAGACAAAAAUUCUGGAAGAACCAAAUCUCAAAGGAAAUUCGUUCAGCAAUUUAACAAUUAGCACCAUGAUUUAUAUGGAAGAAAUGGCAAAUAAUGGAACGACAAUGGAGACAACGCUAAGUAGUAAAUACCUGACGAACAAAACUGACCCUUUGGAGAAUUAUCAGUCAAACGAUUUAAACGAUAUUUCUAAUUUAGAAGACACAACAUCUAACAACAGCAGCAGCAGCAGCAGCAGCAGCAGUAGUAGUAGUAGUAGUAGUAGUAGUAGUAGUAGUAGUAGUAGUAGUAGUAGUAGCAGUAGCAGCAGCAGAGAGCAAUUUCAGACAGAAGUUUCGACGAAAAUUACAAUCUAGAUAUCUUUCAGUCAAUUUGUGAAAUUCGCCAACUUGAUAAGCAACAAUAACAAAGGCAAAAAAAGAUGGCAGCAGAUUCUAUUUUACGAUAACCCAUUUAAUUAUUCAAAUGAAGAGAGAGAAUGUAUUUCCAAGGCGAAAUGGAAAUAGAAAUUCAAAUGGAUUUUAUAAUAAGUUCGAGAGAUGCUAAGACAAUACGUACGAAUCUAAAGACACUGAGCAAUCUCGUAUCAUUAAUGUGAUGAACUUAUAAAUGAACGAUAGAUUAAAAGACUUCAGAACAAUGAGACAAAAGAUUACAAACACGCGCACAACACGUAUACAUAUACAUAUGCAAAUA